AUGACGACAGGUGGAGAUCAUGCAUUUGGGGAUUUAAUUAGUGCAACCGGUAUCACAGAUGAGAUGCUGGACAGUUUGAUGGCACUAAAGGACCUAUAUGGAGUUCCAGGAUUGCCCCCACUGAACAUGAUUGAAGAGAUGCGUUAUGAAAAGAACACACACAAGUUAACUAGGGCUGACAUUGAGAGACAAAAACAAGAGGAAAUAGCCAAAUCACGGGUUAGGCAAGUUGAUAGUCAGGGUAGGGCGUAUGGCACUGGGAAAAGGAAAUGUAGUAUCGCACGUGUUUGGAUUGAACCCGGUGAGUGUAAAUUUGUCAUUAAUGACAAACAGUUUGAUGUCUAUUUCCCAAUGCUUGAUCAACGAGCUGCACUUCUUCGCCCUUUAUCAGAGACUAAAACAUUGGGUCUUCUUGAUGUUAAUUGUACUGUUAAAGGAGGUGGUAUUUCAGGUGAUUAA